AUGGACGCGACGGAACAACACCAGCUGCAGAACCAGGAGCCGAGCGCCGACACGGACAAGCUGAGUUACGAGAUCUUUUCCAUCCUCGAGUCGAAGUUCCUCUUCGGUUACGACGAGGAGAACAGGCAGCUGUGGAUUCCCCGUCCCCUCCCCCCUGGUCUUGCCGACGCUGCAGCCGUGGCAACCCCAGCCUCUCCGCCCAACAGUGGCAACAUCCAGAGCCAGAGGGGGAAGGUCUGCGUUCUUAGCAUUGACGGCGGCGCCGGCAUGCGUGGAAUCCUCCCUGGUCGGGCUCUUGCAUACCUCGAACAAUUCCUCAAGAAUAAGUCCGGUGACCCUGAGGCCUGCAUCUCCGACUUUUUCGACGUCGCCGCUGGCACCGGCGUCGGAGGCGUCUUCGCCCUGAUGCUCUUCGCGACCCGAGACGGAACCAGCCCCAUUUUCUGCGCAGAUGACACCUGGCGCCUCCUCGCCGACAAGGGGAAUCGGUUCUUCGUCCACAGGAAGGGUGGAAGAGGGGUAAGUCGACGCCGCUUACUGAGAGGAGCGUUCUGCAGAGGUGGAGAGGGAAGUGGGGUAAAGAUUGUGAAGGAGAGCAGAAUGACGGCAGCGACGGCCGGGGUGGAGCAGGCAAUGAAGGAGGCCUUCGGUGAGGAGCUGACUCUGCGGGACACAGUAAAGCCUGUGCUGAUACCUUGCUACGACCUGCGCAGUGGGGCGCCUUUCCUCUUCUCACGGGCAGACGCCCUAGAGGCGGAUGGCUUUGACUUCCGUCUGUGGGAGGUGUGCCGAGCGACGUGGGCGGAGCCAGGGAGAUUCGAGCCCGUGGACAUGCGGUCCGUCGACGGCUCUACCCGAUGUGUUGGCGUCGACGGGGGGCUGGCUAUGAGUAAUCCGGCGGCGGCAGCUAUUACCCACGUUCUCCACAACAAGCAGGAGUUCCCGUUCGUGCGUGGUGUUGAGGACCUCUUGGUACUGUCGCUGGGAAGUGGGGGGGGCGUGUCCGUGGUGAUCCCGGCGGCUGCUCCCGCUUCGGCUUCGGCGGGGGCGGAGAAGGUCCCCGGGAGUAGGCCAUGCUGGCCGUCAUCGGCGACCGCUGCUUCCCCAUCUUCGGUGGCUGGAGCGCACGGCGAGAGGCAGCAGGAGUGGAAUGGGUACGAACAGGUGAAGCGGUGGAAAGCGAGAGAGUGGGCGCGGCCUGUCGCCCGAAUCGCGUCGGACGGGUCGGCGGACCUCGUAGACCACUCGGUGGCAUUGGCCUUCGGACAGAGCCAGAGCAGCAACUACGUCCGUAUCCAGGUACGUUGGGCGGCGAUGGUGCGGCGAUUUGUAUUCGUCUUUAGUUUGAGUUUUAUUUACGGUCCUAAAGGACGGGAUCGGCCGAAACUGGUGGCUCCCAGUCAUACUCCCAGUCUCACCGGAAGAUGAGAAUUCGGCUUUUGUAAGCUCUCAUCGCUCUUACUUGCCGCGAAACAGAAACAGAAGAAGAGGAGACCCCCCCCCCCCCCGGCGCGUAGGUGGGUGGUACAAACCCAAGUCUUCGGGUCUGCCCCCGUGUUACGUCGCAAAACAAAACUCUGCUGUAGGCUUCUUCUCAUUUAAGAGAUGUCUUUCGAGACAUCUAAUGUUUUUUUCCCCCCUGUUUCUUCCUUGCCUCAGGCCAACACAUCCGGUUCGAGCUCCUUUCAUCCGGAUGUGGACUCGGACGCGGGCGCGGGGAACGUGAAGAUGCUGCUGGGAGUGGCAGAGGAGAUGCUGAAGCAGAGAAACGUGGAAUCUGUCUUGUUUGGGGGGAAGCGAAUCAGUGAGCAGACGAACUUGGAGAAGCUGGAGUGGUUCGCGGGCGAGCUUGUGCUGGAGCACCGGAGGAGGAACAGCAGAAUCGCUCCCACGGUGGCGUUCAAGCAGGCCGCCCCAAAGCGAAGGAUACUGCCGCCUCGGCCUAUUCCCAGAGGAAGCGGCCUAAUCUGA